AUGGCAUUGGUUAUAAAGUCGAGCGACAGUGAUCUCAGUCCCCCUUUCUCUAUUUUGAGAGAUUAUCUCCAGGCCGAAUCGCCGCCCCCACCUGCUGACAUCGCCAACCGCAUUGAUCGGUAUCAUGAGAAGGGCCUGGAAGGGGAGAAGAAGAUUCCCAAGGAAGAAAGGGAUAAGCUUGAGCUGGACCCUGAUGGGUGUUAUGGGCCUCUGUGGGAGAUAUGGAUAGCUUUUAUCGUGAUUGUGGAACAGGUUCCUCAUGACCAUCCGGCUCAAAACAGGCUCAUCAAUGUGAUACGUGGAAUGAGAGAACUGCCUGGUCGCAAGGUUGAUCUGGAAGGGCCCAUCUCAACAGACGACGCUCAGAAAUGGCGAAACGUAACAUCAUUCCUGGCACGCUGCUGGGGUGCCGAAUUCUUCAACGCAUCCCGACAAGCCGUUCUACUCCUCUGUGCUGCGCUCGAAGAACCAGUCGAAGACACGUCAGCUCUGCAGCAAAUCCUACCCGUUGCAUGUGAGUGGAUCGAGCACUCCCAGGCCGCAUUUACGCGGAUCAUCGAAUCGGGCGCGGAUGAAGAAGGCCAUCACAAACGCACAGGUACACUCUAUGAAGGGCCAAAUAAAUUAUGUCAGGAGAGGUGGCAGUUCUGGAAGGGGCGGUUUGGGGAGCUUGCGGGUCAAGCUGAAGGAGAAGCCAAGGAUCUGGCUUUGAGCUGUGUAUUGAAGAUGUCGAGCAUUUCUUAG